CUAAGCUGGUAUCUUCUAAUGCCGAUUCGGAUGAGGAUUCCAGUCCAAUACAAAAUAGUAGCAAGGCUAAACACAAUACGAGGCCGAAAUCAUGUACCGGAAGCGCUGGCGGUAUGUGGGGGCUGGCAAGCAGAAUGCUUUCUGGUUCAGAACGGGAGCGAUGUGGUACCAUUCCAAGCAGGACGACAUGCGUAA